CAUAUAAUAAUUAUUAAUGCAAACGUUAGAUCUACAAAGGGGAAAAACGUCAAAUCAAUGGGUCGUUUGAAGGAAAUUCCCCCGUAUACAUAACUGGCGUUGGCAACAUUGGUGCCGGUAAAUUAUCGAAUUUACUUUUCGGUCUAAAAUUCGCAUUUAUUUUACCAUACGCAGUACUUAUUUUUGAACAUAAUCAAUCCUUUUGUAUUGCAACUGGUUCCCAUAAUUUAAUUGUUAAUAAAAUCGGAAAAUCAUUAGAGCGUGAAAUCCGAAUGAUCACAAAACUUUUGUCGUUUUCACCAACUACCUGUCGGAUAAAUGCUACAGUAAAACACUUUUCCAAAGAGCGCAAACAGCUGGAUUACCGCUGCGGUCGGCGAGGAUUUGGAAGCAGUUUCCAUCUGCCAACGUGGACGGCGUAUUCUGUAUACCUUCGAUUCCUGGCCCAUAUUCUUGAUAGUUUCUAACCAUGGUGCUGGACACUAGUGCGGAUAACGCGUUUCCUUUUUCCAUGAAUGUGCCGGCAUUCAACUGUAGUGAGGAAGCACGUCUGCUUACCGAGACUCCUCUUACUGAGCUGAGUUCUGAGACACGCAUUAAACUCUCAGAAAUGCUAAACGCUCGGAAAAUUUUAAGGUAUGCAGGACACGAUCGCGAUUGGCGUGGCAUAGCUGAGAUGGCAAAAAUACGUAACUUUUGCAAUACAAACUCGGAUGACCCCAUGCAGACGGUGCUUAGCCAAUGGUGUCAACGGAAUGCAAGCGAAGCAACUUGUUUUCAUUUACUGCACUUUUUAUCCAAAAUAGACCGUUGGGAUGUGAGCGAUGAUAUUUUUAAUUUCCUGAUUAAAGACGCUCGCUUGUACGAGAUUAAAAGAUUAUAUACGAAUGCAACAGGUGGUGCAAACGAUGAAAAUAUUACAAUUGCUGGAAAUGAAGAAGCUAACAAUAGGAACUAUGACCAUGAUAAUGAAACAGAUGAGGGUGACGACGACAAUGGCACGGAUAACGAUGCAAACACUGAUGGCGGCUCAAGUUCCUCACUAAGUCCACCAUCAAGUCGUCCGCCAAGCCCUCCAAAUUUGGAGUCUUUAAUUGAACGUGUUGAGGUUUUAGCAAAUGCGAAUAAUGCUAGAGCACGAAUACCUACGCCAACACCUGACCCACCUAGGCAAGCAGCUUUAUCUGUUUCCUUGCCCCCAAAAGAGCUCCACACUGAGACGUUCGUUGAUGAAAUAAAUCCGUUGACACGUCAAGAUGCAGCACGCUUACGCAGAGGCUUGCCGCUGACAAAAUACGAUGCUUUCGUGCUGUACGCGGAGCCUGAUCAGCAUUACGCUAAUGAAAUGCAACAAAAAUUGGAAAAAUAUACCGAAUUUAACUUUGAGCUUGUCUUUAAGAAUCGUGAUUUGCUCGGUGGCACCUUCUUUCACGAUGCUGUUACGGAGCUAAUGGAAGAGCGCUGCAAAUAUGUAUUAUUGAUUAUAACCCAGCAUUUUAGCAAAGAUUUUGAAAGCUGCUUCUUUUUCAAUAAUGUGCAAUCGCUGCAAUUGAAUGAAAAUCGCCGAAGGAUCAUACCUUUACUAUAUGAUUUACAUUUACCGCGCGCGCUGCGUGGACUGCAUACUUUGAAGUAUCGUAGUGAACAUUUUUGGGAUCUUCUGACAGAUUCUCUAAGCGUGGAAGUACCACCUUUACUCAUAAAAGUCACUGAGCAUAAGAACACCAACGCAGCACUUGGAAAUCUACCAAAACCACCAGACUCACCGAUUGCCGUUGAAGAGCAGAAAGUAAAAAACAAAACAACAGAUAAGCAAGCAGGCAAAAAAAAGUUUUUGAAAAAGCCCGAUUGGAUUAAAAAGAAGAAAGUACAAAAAUGAGCAAAAGAGUGCCUUUAGCGUUACUUACGCGCAUUACUUGCCAUGUUUUACAACCAAAAAUAUACACAAAUACUUAUAUAUGUACUUAGGCAUUGAGAUUAGCUGCUUUUAUAUGAUUAUAUUCUUACCUCAUUUUUCAAAUUUGUCUAUUAAAGACUUUUACAUAGAGAGUAAAAGGCCCUUUUGUUGUUGCAAAGUGUACUUACAUUUCUCAUAGUUUUAGAGCAAAAUAUCGAAUUAUCUGUAUGUACUUAAAUAUUGUUCGUAAUUAAAGGUUUUUAAAACUCCU